UUGACAGACUAUAUUUUUUGACAGAUCAAUUUACAAAAAUGAAACAAAGUUCCAGACAAACUAUCAGUAAUUUAAAAAAAAAGUUUUUUAUUCGUCACCGCGUGGCGAUCUGUGUUUGUAUCUGCCUAAUACAGAUUAUAAAAUACGCUAGUCGGUACCUUUUUCCAACUGCUAUGAAGUUACUACUACAGAGUCGUUUGCACAACAUUAAAAACGCCUCCAAUGAAACUCCAGAGUGUCCGCUUCCAGAAGGGGAUAUGUAUAUAUACCAGGACAAACGAGGACCAAUACCAUAUAACUGGCAGCCCGCAGACUUCAACAAAGUGGCCAUUUUUUCGUAUUAUUCUCAAAUUAUUACACAACCUAUAGGGGGAUACAUGUCCGACAGAUACGGCGGAAAACAUAUUGUCACUUGUUCUAUAAUAGUUUGUUCCUUGGUAACUCUAGUGCAGCCUGCAUUAGUUUUUGCCACAAAUGGUAAUUUGUGGGUGAUUGGGAUAGUCAAAGGAAUUGCGGCUUUUGUCGAAGGAUUAGAUAUUCCUGCUUGCAUCUCUAUCUCCUCCCACUGGGCGCCGUUGGGGGAAAGGGCGAGGCUGGUCACCAUAGCAACACUUGGGCAUACGAUAGGCUCAACGGUGCACAAUUUUGUAACAACAGUUCUAAUUGUUAGAACAAAUGACUGGACUGUUCCUUUCUACAUUUAUGGAUCUUUAGGUCUAGUCUUGGGUGUAAUCUGGCUUCUUGUUGCUGCUUCGACUCCAGAUCAUUCUCGGUUAAUUACUUUCAAGGAAAAAUUUUACUUGGCUAGACAAAUGAGGCACCUUGUACACCACGACAAAAAAACUGUCCCAGUAAUGCGUAUAUUGAAGACACUGGAUGUCUGGAUUUUUAUCAUCGGCAUGGUAGGCCAUAUUUUGAUUUUGAAUCUUUCCUUAACGGAGGUGAAACAAUAUCGGCAGAAUAUUUUUCAUGAUCAAUUAGGAAGAGAUGAUAUAUUGGCAGCACUUCCUUCCAUUGGAAUGACCAUUUCGGCAGUGAUAUGCGCAUGUUUCUCGGAUUGGGCCUUUAAUAAGGAACUAAUCAAUAUAAUGACCCUACGCAAGACAUUCACAAAUAUAGGUGUCCUCGGAUGCCCCAUUUACUUCUUAGCGGCUGGCUUUGCACGAUGUGACAGAGUUGUAGCAGAAAUUUUGCUCGUCCUCGCCUUGGCCUUAGAAGGAUGUACUAUGUCUGGAAUAAGACUAAUACCGUUAGAUCUCUCACCUAAUUAUGCUGGAUUCAUAACAGGGAUUUCGAAUUUUAUUGGCAACCUUAUUUCAAUAAUUUUCGAAAUAUUUGUGACUGGUCAAACAAAGAAAAGGAGUCGCGCGGAGUACAGAAUACUAUUUUAUGAAAUGUUGCUAGGAGGUUUUGUAACGACUUUGAUUUUCGCAAUUUUUGGGAAAACUUAUCUGAAGUCAUGGAACGUACCGCCAGAGAAAAAGAGGCGCAGAGAAAUGUCGACUAUAUCACGUGGCAGCUUUGUCAGCCAUGGCAGCCGUGUCAGCCGUGUCAAUGAAGAAAUUAGAUAA